AUCCCUCCCCCACUCCCCGCCGCUUCGGUCCCUCCCCUACUCCCGCCGCUUCGAUCGCUCCCCCACUCCCGCCGCUUCGAUCUCUACCCCGCCUCCUCUUCGAUCCCUCAUCCGCCUCUUCCAUCUCUCUCUUCUCUUCAUCAUCUCCCUCCUCAAAACCCUAAUAAUUAGAGAGAGAGAAGAGAGCACGCACGGUGCCUAUUCUCUUUCGUCUACCCGCCUUUCACCGGAGAACUUCGUUACCACCGCAAUGUCUACCGUCAAAAACCCUAGAGACUCCGAUGGACCGAAGCAGGCCCCACAGAAGCAAUUUUCGUUUAAAGAUUAGAAGCAGCCCAAUCCAAGGAGCACAAGAAGAAGAAGGAUGAGGAUCUGGAGGCUUCACAAGAAUCUGCCAAGUGCUAUUGAGGUGAUUGAUAUAUCUACUCGUGAUGAAUUUCCUGAGAUUGGAUUGCGCCUUGUAUUUCAAGAGCCGCUUCAUCCAUUUGCCCUUUUAUGCAAAGAUGAGGUUGAGAGGGGCACAGGGGAUGCUUAUUUGCUCUAUGUCUUGACAACUUCAGGAGUUGCCUUUGUUUGUAAAUUGCAUAGACCAUUUUCUUAUAUAUCUGGUUCAAUCUUCCCUCCAAACGAUCUAGUUGAAUUUAAUGUUCAAACUCACUCACAAAGUGGAAAGAUUACAGCUGUAACAGCUACAUCGGGUUGUCUAGUAAUUGGGCGGCAUGAUGGGUCGAUCGGCUGCUACCAGCUUGGAAGACUUGAUCCUAAUGCACCAGGUUUCUCAGGUGAGCUUCGUGAUGAUAUUGGAAUAGGGCGCUUGUGGAAUCUCGUGUCGAGGGCAAAGGUUGUUGGGGCUGUACAGGAUAUGGUAAUAUCUGAAAUCCAUGGGAGAAAAUUGUUAUUUGUACUUCAUAUGAGUGGGAAUUUGCGUGUGUGGGAUCUUCUUAGCCAUACCAGGGUAUUCUAUCAUAACAUUAGCUCAAAUGAACUUCAAGAAUCAUAUCCCUCCAGGUUAUGGGUUGGUGAGGCUAACUAUGAUAAGCAACUGAUUUCUUUGGCAGUCUUACAUCAAGGUGCUUUGGUACCAGAUUUUGAAAGAGUUGUUGUAUAUAGCUUUAACUUUCGUGCCGGCGACAGGUCCUUUUUCUCUCCUGAGCCUUCAAUGUAUAAUAUUCCAUUGGAGGAGGGACGAGUAAUUGACUUGAAAAUCAGCUCCAGAAAGCUUUGGAUGCUUAAAGAAAUUGGGCCAAUGCUGUAUGAAAUAACCCAGUGGAGCUCUAACCUGGAGAAUACAUGUACUUACAUUUUGCAAGAAGACUUUGUAAGUGAGCAAUUAUUUCAAAGUUCUGAGCAUGCUUUAGAUGAUCUGAUAUGGAACAACACCGCCAUCUUUUCCUCACCGAAGGACCAGACUGUCUACUUUAUCUCAUCAAUAUUUCUGCGGAGGUUGCUUCAACCCGGUGUACAUCAAUAUUCUGCUCUACGUGAAACAAUCCUAGAGCACAAGUAUCUUCCUGAUUCUGAAUUCCGGUCUCUUACUGUUGAUGGACUGAGACAAGAGAUUCUCGCAAUUAUAGAAAGCGAGGGAGCAGCUACAAACGCAACUGCCACUGUUUAUUACUGGAAGAAUUUCUGUGCUCGCUUUUUUAAUCACUGGUGUCAGAGCAGUAGGCCUUAUGGGUUGCUUGUUGAUUUUGAUAGUGAUACAUUAGGUUUAAUCAGAAAAGGCUCAGUUUCUCUCUUCCGUUCUUUAGUGGGCGUGGAGGAGCUUAUUUAUGGUUCUUCUGAUGAAAUGCAUAAUUUACAUAGCACUGGAAUGAAUACUGAACUCCUUUUUGAAGUUCUUAGAUGCAUGAGUCAUAUAAAUAAUCAACUGGGCAGAUCUGCUGCUGCUUUAUAUUAUGAAUCUCUAGUUAGUCCAAUCAUAUCCUCUGAUGAUAUCAUUCAUCAACUACUAAAGAUUCUUGAAACUGGAUUUAGUCCUUCAUCUUCCACAUCUCUCGUGGCACAACUUGGAGCGGAUGCUUAUUUAGAGAGGAGACAGUUGGCUCAUAAAAGCCAGAGGAAGUUUGCUGUUGAGAUGCUGCUAUCUCUUCGCAGCCUGCAUACUAAAGCUUCCAACUGGACGACAGUUUUAGAUGUUGUGGAGAAGUACCUGGUUUAUCUCAGCCCUCCUAAAAGUACCCAGAAGUCUUACUUCAGAAGGUGUUACAACGUAAAUUCUUCUGUGCUGGUUCAGGCAACUUCACAAGUUGCGAGAGCAAUGUUUGAGUCAGCUUUUGAUUUACUUCUGCUUCUUGGUUAUUUGGUCAACGUCAGUGGACAGGUUGCUAUGAUGCAGACUGAUGUUGUUAGUGUAAACCUUAACUUGAUUCCAAUGGCUCAGGACGUACUAAAAAAAUGGCUUAUUCUCCAUUUUACGGCAAUUACACCAACCAAGCCACCAGCAGUUGAGGAUUUUAGUUCUCAGCUUUCUUCUUUGCAUAUAGGGAACAACGCCGACAAACUUUCUUUGAAUAAAAAGCUUGGCUCUGUUGAUUUUACAUUGGCUUGUUUACUCGAUCUGCCAACCUCUUCCGAAGGUCAAGAUAUUCUUUGUUCGUCGUUUCUACUUAAUCCAAUCCAUUUGAUUGAUUUAGUACGGAAGUUUAGCAGUUCGAUUUUGUGGGGUAAGAGUGGUGAGCAAUCUCCUGUUUUCUCAAGUCCCAUGACUGAUUUAGCAUCAGUUCUGCUCCAAGAUGGCCAGUAUGAAGCUGCUAAGAAUCUAUUUGAUAUUCUUGACAUUUAUUCAAGAAAUGAAAAGGUAUCCCAAAUUCCUGCAAGCAAUAAUGUUGAGCGCUAUGCACUUUCCCAUCUUCGUGGAUUUUGUCUGCUUUUGCUAGCGCACAAUGAACUGACUGAGGUUUUGAAAGAACGGAAAAUGCGUGAAGCUAUUCGCUGUUUUUUCAGAGCUGCAUCUGGACAGGAAGCUCCACAAGCUUUGCAGAGUUUUUCUUCAGAAACUGGAUUCCACAUUUCAGGAGAAUGUGGAUCUGAAGCCAUGUGGAAACUGCAUUACUAUCAAUGGGCAAUGCAGAUUUUUGAGCAAUAUGGUAUGAGUGAAGGUGCUAGUCAGUUUGCCCUAGCUGCUCUUGAGCAAGUGGAUGCCAUAGUUGGUGUAGGCGAUGGCGACGAAGCUGAUUACGGCCUUCCUGAGCCUGCAACAACAAUUCGAGGGCGCUUAUGGUCCAACGUAUUUAAAUAUGCUUUAGAUUUGAAGCACUUCAAGGAUGCCUACUGUGCCAUCGUCUCGAAUACAGAUGAUGAUAGCAAAUAUAUCUGUCUCAGGCGUUUCGUCAUUGUUCUUUGCGAGCUUGGUGCAAUUAAGGUUCUCUGUGAUGGCGAGAUACCAUUCGUGGGAUUAGUAGAGAAGUUGGAACAGGAGCUCUCUUGGAAAGCUGAGCGUUCGGAUAUCUCUUCCAGACCAAAUCUCUACAAAGUGCUUUAUGCAUUUCAUGCAAAUCGAAACAACUGGAGGAAGGCGGCUAGUUACAUGUAUCGGUAUUCAAUGAGACUGAAAAAAGAAGCAAAUUUAAGAGGAAGCAGCCAAACAAUCUCUUCCUCGUUGCAAGAGAGAUUAUAUGCGUUGUCUACUGCACUUAAUGCUCUUCAACUUGUCGAUCAUGCCCAUGCAUGGAUUGACUCCCAAAAUGAGAAUGAAGAUGAAGAAUCACCAAAUAAAAAGCCUCGAAAUAUCUUGGUAGCAAACUCAGCUUCUUUGGGGAUUGCUCCUCAGUCGAGGGGGCUGCAAUUUUGUGUUGAUGUAGAGGCGCUUGAAAAGGAGUAUGUGCUAACAUCGGCACAAUAUAUGCUGAGUCUUGCAGAUGAUAAAUUCAAAAUUUCCGGAAGGCAAGAACUUGAAAAUUUGGUAGAUGUUCUGAUCCAGGAGAACUUUUAUGAUAUGGCAUUUACAGUUAUAAUCAAAAUUUGGAAGGGCUCGGCACUAAAAAGGGAAUUAGAGCGAGCUUUUGUUGCUAUAGCACAGGAUUGCUGUUCGAAUGCUGUAAGCCCUGCAAAGAACCAUGUAAAGAGCAGUAAUCUUCUGUUACUGUACUCGGAGGAUGGAAUGUACGAUGGGAAAAGCAAGUCUAGUCCAGCAGCAAUUGAUCAAAUUAAGGGAAAUGGACAGUGGGAAGCUCUUGAGCUCUAUCUUGAGAAGUAUAGAAAGUUGCAUCCAAGGUUGCCGGUAACUGUUGCUGAAACACUUCUGUAUACCGAUCCGCAGAUAGAACUGCCUCUUUGGCUUGUUCAAAUGUUUAAGGGUGGACGGAGGGUGACAUCUUGGGGCAUGACCGGCCGAGAAUCAGAUCCUGCAACAUUAUUCAGGCUUUAUGUGGACUACGGUCGGCAUGCCGAAGCUACCAAUUUAUUGCUCGAAUACUUGGAAUCAUUUGCAUCACUGAGACCAGCUGAUGUUAUCAAUCGCAAGAAGAUGUCCGCAAUUUGGUUCCCGUAUACUACGAUUGAACGGCUGUGGUGUCAGCUGGAGGAGAUGCAGAGUGCCGGCCGCAUGGUCGAUCAAUGUGAUAAGCUGAAACAGUUGUUGCGCGGAGCUCUCAGCAGUCACCUAAUGCAGGUAGAGGUUGACUCGAUCGAUGUUCUAUCUUCAGUGCCUGCGCGGCAAAUGGACAGCUCCAGUAGCUAGAAUUGUUUUCAGACGUUCAAGGAGAUAUUGCUGUAUAUCAUGGUUGUAUUUGAUAGUCUAUAGAAACUGUAAACCCCGUGCCUUCCUCGCGGAUAGUCUUGUGAGCCAGUUGUUAUCUGAUGAGUUACUGCAUGCUGUUCUCUUCCUCGAGUAAGUGGCAGAGUGAGGUAAGAUUAAUCUUGUCGCAAUGCCAAAAGAAGAGAGUGUGCUGUAACGUUUGAAAAUUUUGGCUCGUAUUUGAUUGAUGUGGUAACAUGUAUGUUUCCUUUUGUGAUCGAUGAUGGCAAUAGAUCUAGUUGUUAGAUGCCCGCCUAUGCGGUAUAAACUUAAA